AUGGAGGUAUUUCUCUACUACCGGAUUGGAUCUAAUAAAUCAAUAAUUUACUAUGACUUUACGAGUGGUAAUAGUCUUGGUCACAUUGGCUGUGAAGCAGAUGUGUCAUGUCUUACAAUCUUUUCUGGUCAUUUGAUAGCUACAUGCUACGAUGGACUUAUUAGAAUAUUUUCACUCUUUACUGGCGAACUUUUGCAAAGAAUUCCUGUGGAAUCUACUAAUAAGAUGUUUAUUUGCUCAGCUUUAUAUAAAGACAGACUGUUGAUUGGGAAUAAGAAGGGUGAAGUGAUUGGUUGUCAAAUUCCACAAAUUACCAAACAGAUCAGUAGAUGAAUUAAGAAGCAGCCAGAUUUCUCCAAACAUUCCUCUCGUCAACCCAGUCAUAGCCCAGUAACCAAAUACUAAAUGUCAUAUGAAUGUUUUAACCCACAAAGUUGUUAUUUCUUUGACAAAGAUGAAAAGCUCCGAUUUUUGUCAUUAAUGUAAAAAACUUUUGUGUUGAUCAAUGCUAAACAUGCUGCUAGGAAGGAUGUUGAUAGAGUGCAGUGAAACUUCAUAUUCUAUGUAUUUCUCUAUCACUUGAUACCUUUUUGCAUCAGCGACGUGCUCUUGAAUGUCUGUACUUCAUGCAUCCAACAGUCACAUUUUUAGAAAUUAUUAGUUCAUAAAAUUUUUUAAUUUGUUUACAGUUGUUGCUUUUUCAAUGUUUUCAUUGAGUCUUGCAUAACUCUACCAGAAAUGAGACAUGGAGCAUCUAGCAUUUUUUUUAGUUCAAGACACAUCACUGCCAUUUCUUCAUAUGAAGACUCUCUCUCUCUCUCUCUCUCUCUCUCUCUCUCUCUCUCUCUCUCUCUCUCUCUCUCUCUCUCUCUCUCUCUCUCUCUCUCUCUCUC